AUGGCUGUGCAGCUGUUAAAACACAAUGACCACCCUCCAUUUGCGGAUCACAAGGAUUUGCACAAGGUCAUCGACACCACACAACUUGGCAAUGUCACUUGGCAAUGUCUCUCGGUUCAAUACACAGGGGAACACCCUGAACAUGAUGCUCCUCCAGACCCCCACAUGAUGGCACAUAACAUGUUAGCGAACCCUACCUACAAGGGUGAGAUUGACUAUGCGCCAUUUCGGGAGUAUGAUACAUUGGACGAUACAUGCCAAUGGAGAGACUUUAUGUCUGACGAGAUAUCGAAGGAUCCAAACACACAUGGAUCGAUGUUCGUUCCGAUAAUUCUUGGUAGCGACAAGAUCAAUGUUUCUGUGGGCACAGGUAAUAAUGAAUAUUACUCCCUGUAUGCCUUGAUCGGCAAUGUGCACAACAAUGUGCAAUGCGCUCAUCACGAUGCUCUCAUCAUCAUCAGUUUCCUGGCUAUACCUAAAACUGAUAGGCAACAUGCUCAUGAUGAUUCGUUUCGUGUAUUUUGCUGGCAGCUUUUUCACUGUUCACUAUCCGCAAUUCUAUCUACCCUGAAGCCUGUGAUGACCGAGUACGAAGUCCUGCAUUGUGCAGACGGUCACUUUCAAUGUGUUAUAUUUGGCCUGGGACCCUACAUAGCCAACUAUGAGGAGCAACUGGUGCUGUCCUGUACCGUUAAAAAUUGGUGCCCAAAAUACCUUGCAAGUCGGGGAGAUCUUGAUGGUGGUGGUCUCUUAUGCUGCCGAGAGCAUACAGAUGUCCUCAUACAUGAAAAUAUCCACCCAGAUACAUUGUGGCAUGAAUAUGGUAUCAUAAGUGUUCUCAUUCCAUUCACAAAUGACUUCCUCCGAGCUGACAUCCAUCAAUUAAUAUCAUUCGAUCUCCUCCACCAGCUAGUCAAAGGCGCCUUCAAGGAUCAUUUGGUGGAUUGGGUAGUAAAAAUUGCUGUUGUGGCGCCAUUCACUGGUAAUGAUUCCAAAGCCCUUAUGAAGGUCUUCAUUCUGGCUAUCGAAGGCCAUGUACCUCAAGACAUGGUGUGUGCGUUUCGUGCACUUUUAGAAUUUUGUUAUAUUGCACGACACAACGUAAUUACUGAAACCUCUCUGGAUCAACUCAAAGAUGCACUUGCUCGGUUUCACCACUACCACCAGAUCUUCGAAACCACAGGCACACACAUUAAGGCUGUGAAACAACCUUGGAGGUUGUCUAGCAAGCAUAAUGCCAUUGGCCAAAUGCUUUUGGCUAACCAAUGCCUCAACAAACUCGCAGCAUCUCGCGUAGACUUCACUGCUUGUGGGAUGCUCGUUGGCUCUGUAUUAUCAAGAGCUGUGGCCGCUCUGCACCAAACACGGGCACAGACUGUACCAGAACUAGCAGGUGAGGUCAAUGUACCAUACCUGCGACGCCUUAUCCGUCAUUUUCUACUUCAUGUCUUUAAUUCUGCUGCUGCAACUUUUUAUGCGCCAAAACAGAUCUGCGCAUGUCCAUCCUGGCGGAAUGUCUAUCCCCGUAAUGAUUGCAUGUUCGUCAACACAAAUUCAGACCUUGAGGGGAUGAAAGGGCUUGAAGUUGCCAGAUUCGAUAAGGUUGGUGACUCUGCCGACAAGGAUACUGGCAUGUGGAUAGUCCAUCCAAGUGUUCAUGAUGAUGGCACCCCAAACCUCGCUGUUAUUCAUAUCGACACCAUUUACCCCACUGCAAUCCCUAUCUACGGUCCCAAUUUCAUUCCUAAGGACAUUGAGUAUUUUCAUUCUUAUGAUGCUUUCCGCUUAUUCUAUGUCAAUAAAUACACCGAUCACCAUGCAUUCAAGAUAGCAUCUUGA